UACAGCUAGCAAAUGUCCAAUGUCCGCGUGACACUCAUUUUUGGGUCUAUGAUGAUGGCCGUUACGAAGAGGAAGGCCAGAAUAAUAUCAGGGGAAACAUUUGGGAGAAGACAGGCAUCAACGCGGUUUGUUUGUGCACUUUUCUCUUUGCCCGUCCUUCAUGGUCAACCACUUGGACAGAGAGAUGAGGCUAGUAAUUAUACUACGGUUCCAAAUUAUCUAGAGCAGAAAAAAGUACAGAAACUUCUUCUGCUUGGCCUUGAAGGCUCUGGAACCAGCACUAUCUUCAAGCAGGCCAAAUUUUUGUAUGGAAACAAGUUUAUUGCAGAGGAACUGCAGGAUAUCAAGUUGAUGAUCCAGAGUAAUAUGUAUAGAUAUCUUAGCCUUUUGCUUGAUGGACGGGAACGCUUUGAGGAGGAGGCAUUGUAUAGAAUGAAGGAAUUAGGUACCCAAGAUGACUUUGAGACUGGUGAAGAGCUCGAUCCUAGUGAAACUAGUCAGUGUAUCUAUUCCAUCAACCCAAGAUUGAAGCAUUUUUCUGAUUGGCUGCUAGACAUCAUAGCUACAGGAGAUUUGGAUGCAUUUUUCCCUGCUGCAACGCGUGAAUAUGCUCCAUUGGUUGAAGAAGUGUGGAGGGAUCCUGCAAUACAGGCAACAUAUAGAAGAAAAGAUGAGCUUCACUUUCUUCCAGAUGUUGCGGAGUACUUCUUAAGUCGGGCGGUUGAGGUCUCCAGCAAUGAAUAUGAACCUUCUGAACGUGAUAUCAUCUAUGCAGAAGGGGUCACCAAAGGGAAUGGUUUGGCUUUCAUAGAAUUUUCCCUUGAUGAUUGCAACCCAAUGUCUGAAACAUACACAGAUAAUAUGGAAGCUCCACCCCCACCUCUUACAAAAUACCAACUUAUUAGGGUAAAUGCAAAGGGGAUGAAUGAGGGUUGCAAAUGGGUGGAAAUGUUUGAAGAUGUCCGUGUAGUAGUGUUCUGUGUUGCCCUCAGUGACUAUGAUCAGAUGUGUCUUGCACCGGAGAGUGGUGGCAGUGGAUCGCUACUUCAGAACAAGAUGAUGCAAAGCAAGGAGCUGUUUGAGGCUAUGAUCAGGCACCCUUGCUUCAAGGACACUCCUUUUGUCUUGAUACUUAACAAAUAUGAUCUCUUUGAAGAGAAGGUUAAUCGGAUACAUCUAAGUUCUUGUGAGUGGUUCAAUGAUUUCAGUCCUGUGCGACCGCACCACAACAAUCAGACACUUGCUCACCAGGCAUACUACUAUGUUGCAAUGAAGUUCAAAGAUCUCUAUGCAUCCCUCACAGGUUGUAAGCUUUUCGUGUGGCAAGCUAGGGCUAGAGACCGUGUGACCAUUGACGAGGCAUUUAAGUACAUAAGGGAAGUUCUCAAGUGGGAUGAGGAGAAAGAUGAUAAUUACUAUGGUGGAGCUGAGGACUCAUUUUACAGUACUGACUUGAGCUCAUCACCAUUUGUUAGGCAAGAAUGAUGUGCUUUUGAAUUCUUACUUUCAUUUGAUUUAUAUGUAAAGAAAAGUGCAUAAAGAAAAAAAAAAAAAGAAAAGAUAUGAUCAGCAAUACUCUUAAGGUUACUUGUUUUUCAUGUGUAACAUCAACUCUAAUGACAGUAUUGGUGGGGCUGUUCCAAGUUGAAUCUUGAAUGCCUUCUGUACAGUGGUAAAGUAAUGGGGUAAAUUACUUUUUCA